AUGCUUUGGGAUCUUAAUGAAGGCAAACAUCUUUACACUUUGGGUGGAAAUGAUGUAAUAAAUGCUUUGGCAUUUUCUCCAAAUCGUUAUUGGCUUUGUGCUGCUGUUGGCCCAGUUGUUAAAAUUUGGGAUCUUGAAGACAAAACUGUUGUGGAUGAAUUGAAGCUUGAUAUUGCAACAGCUACAACAGGAAAGAAGCAACCAUCACCUCCACAAUGUACAUCACUUGCUUGGUCUUUGGAUGGUCAAACUUUGUUUGUUGGGUAUACAGACAAUCUUAUCCGUGUUUGGCGUGUUUCUGCUCGUUAA